CUAACAAGAAAGUCCUAUGUGACACACAAACAAAGUUUUACGCUACUUAUAUUUGUGUUUUUUUAGUAUUAAAUAAGAAACCAUGCGUGUGCUUUAGGCAGUCUAGAGAUGAACGAGCCUCGGACACUCUUAUGACUUAUCAUACAACUCCACUGCAUUUCUAAAGCUUUCCCUCCAAGCUCCAAGCAAGCAGUACUAGCUACUAGAGAAAUGCUCAACCCUAGUCUUUUGCCAACUCUCUACUACAUCUUGGCACGGAAAAUAUUUGAAAUUUACAGCUUCGUCAAACCUUUAUCAUACAAGUCUGCAAGUGUUUGUGAGUGCAGUUCAGAACCAGAAUUCUGACAGUCAGUGUUUGAGUCAAGAAUCCAGCAACCAAAGAGGGGACUGAUCGCGAAAGGACACACAAUAUGUGGUGGUUUCUUCGUAAAAUCUUCGAACUAGUCUCUGGGUUCUUGAAAUCUUCGAACGAGUCUUCGGGGAAAAGUAAUUCCGUGACAGACAAGCCACAACAUGUAAACCAACCCACAUUUUCUUCUACACCACUUCAGUCUCCAUCUAAACCACCCAGUUAUGAAAGUUCAAAUCCAUUGCCACAUACAUUUUCUUCUGGACCAUCCACAUCUUCCUCAAACCUAUCACCAUCUCCAUCAUCCCUUAAACCUCCAGUUGCUUCUGUCCUUAAUACCAGUCAACUCAGACAUGGAUCUGUCCUUAAUACCAGUCAACUCUCACGUGCAUCUGUCCUUAAUACCAGACAACUCAGAUAUGGAUCUGUCCUGAAUACCAGUCAACUCUCAGAUGCAUAUGUCCUUAAUACCAGUCAACUCUCACAAGCAUCUGUCCCUAAUACCAGACAACUCAGAUAUGGAUCUGUCCUUAAUACCAGUCAACUCUCACGUGCAUCUGUCCUUAAUACCAGUCAACUCAGACAUGCAUCUGUCCUUAAUACCACUCAACUCUCAUCAGCUUCUUCUUCUCCAACUUCCAAAAGGCCACCUCAAUCUUCACUUUCAGUGGUCCCAAAUUCAUCUACCUUGGGGCCUCGUCAGACUUCCACUAAGCAGCCUCCAGCUUUUAAGCCAAUUCUGCAUCCAGCUCCCAAUAAUGUAACAAAUGAAGAAGGGAAGAUGAGUUAUAUGUAUGAAAAGGGUACACCCUUAUAUGCUAUUCCUGAGGAUAUCAAAGGUCAGAUCAAGAGAGACAUUGUGCCUCAAGUUCUGAAACAGCCUUUAUCUCCUUCAACUUAUAAGGCUUUUUUUGCUGCUCUGUUAUAUGCUGAGGAUUACUACUUGGAGAAAUGGACUGAUUUCCUAUUGGAGAAAGUGACUUUGAAGUUGGAGAAAGCAACAGUUUAUAAGGAAAAAAACGAGCAUAAAUAUUCUGAUGGAAGUGAUGAGAAGGAUGAUAAAAUCUUUGUAGCAUUUGAGAUUGAUUCUGUUCCUCAGAGGCGGCCAUUCCUUUUAUCAAGGGACAUGGUUUAUGCUAAACCUUCGGAUAAAGAGGUUGAGGCCUUUCAGGGUUUUAUCUAUCGUGUGGUGAAAAGCAAUUGCAUGUUAGUUGAAUUUGGAGACGAUUUUCAUUCACAGCAUCAUCCAAAUCGCAAAUAUGACAUCAGCUUCUCAUUCAACAGAGUUUGUCUAAAAAGGGCUCAUCAAGCAAUUGAAGCUGCAUUAGGUCCUUCAUCACACAACUUCCUUUUUCCUGAAUGUGUCUCUAGGAAGAACAAUGUUAACCCACCUCUGUUUGAUGCCUAUCAUGAACUUAAUAUAGUUCGUCGGAUUCUAAGCUAUCCGGGUUCACCACCUUAUCUUCUUGUGGGCCCGCUCAUUGGCACUGAUGUGGAAAGGUAUGUACCUGAACUAAAAGCAUCAGCAAGAACAGGGGUGGUUGUUUGUGAAGCUGUAAUUGAAAUAUAUAAAACCUCUGAAGAGAAUCGGGUUCUUAUAUGUGCACCUAUAAACCACACAUGCGAUGCGCUAAUGACAAGGUUGAUGGAGGUGAUUCCAGAGUCAGAUAUGUUUAGAGCCAAUGCUGCAUUUCGAGAGAUGGAUGGAGUACCCAGUGACAUUCUGCGCUCAUGUCCUGUAAAAGAUGAAUGUUUUGAAUGUCCCCCACUCCCAAUACUUCAGGAAUUCAAGAUAAUUUUGUCAACUUAUGUGAGUAGCUUUCGACUAUACAAUGAAGGCAUAGCUGCUGGACAUUUUAGUCAUAUUUUUCUAGUGGAUGCCUCAUCAACCACAGAGCCGGAGGCUACGAUAGCUUUGGCUAAUUUUGCUAAUGAGAAUACAUCUGUUAUUGUUACUGGUGCACCCAGAGACCAUUCAGGUUGGGACCGUUGGGUCCGCUCUAACAUGGCUAGGAAUUAUGGAUUGAGGAAGUCAUAUUUUGAAAGACUUCGUGAACGGGAGCCAUAUAAAAACCUUAAUCCAAUGUUCAUCACAGAGCUGGUUGACUGUGAGCAACAGUCAGAUGGCAGCCAUAGCUCCAUGUCAUUUUAUUGAAUUUCAUGUUUCAAACUGUUCUUUUAUGAACAGCAAAUGUUGCCACCUUAGUAUCUACAUAAGGUUUUGUUUGUUUGUUUGUUUGUUGGUUUUUUUUUCUUCUCUGCUUUGUCAUCUGAGUUAUGUGUGUAUAUAAUUGCAAAGACCUGUGUAAAAUUUUACUUCUAUUUCCUUCUCUCUUUCUAUCUAUUGUAAUGGUUCUUUGCAGUUUAUGAUUAGUCUUACCUCUUGAUUCUGGAGCAGAGA